UUAACAGUUUAUCGUUGGUGGCGGCGUUGGAACCAUGUACAGUAUGUUGUCGGAAAUCCUUCCGAUGACGUGAUUUUUUUCGACGCGAGUUUUUUUUUCAUUUGAAUUUUUUUUUUGAUUUUAGGAAAAUUCGAAAUUUGGACGAGGAGAGGAUUUAUUCGGGGUCCGAGUAACCAUGCGAUGUGUAUUUUCAACGUUGGCUGUCGUAAUUAUCACCGGUAUUAGUUACACAAACACUUCGUACUUAACCGGACCUGUAUUUUUGGUCGAACCUCCUCCGUUCAUCCACUUGGUAAAUAGUUCACGUGGUGCUUUACUGAAUUGCUUAGGCCAAGGUAAUCCCCAUCCGAGCAUACAAUGGCUAGAUCAAGACCAUCAAGAAGUCACUACAAUACCAGGCUUGAGGGAAAUUCUACCCAACGGCAGUCUAUACUUUCCACCAUUUUCGAUACCAGAUUACAGAUCAGACAUACAUUCCAGUACGUAUUCGUGUUCGUUAACGAAUAUCGUAGGAUCAGUAAUAUCUCGAGAAUGUCACAUGCAUUCAGAUAAUUCACUGCCAUUUAAACUUCAAGUUCAUAAUGUGUUCGUAAUGCGUGGCAAUACCGCUUUACUACGAUGCUAUUCGCCAAAUUUAGUGCAUAACUCACUAAUACAAAUGAGCUGGUUUAAAGAGGAGCCGUUAAAUGGCAAAUCAUCAAUACAGUCCGGCGGAAAAUAUAUAAUAACUAUGGAAGGCGAUCUGCACGUUAGAGAUGUUAGCGAUAGCGAUUCGAAUGUGAAAUUUUUCUGUGAUGUUACCAAUAAAUUAACCGGACAGAGUGUACAAAGCCAACCCGGACAAAUUAUACUCGUAGAACCGCAAGAAAAUUUUGCUCCUAAAAUCGAGCACACAUCAGCGGCUGAAUUUGACGUACGUGUCGGUCAAACCGUAGAUUUAUUUUGUUUAGCCCAAGGGACUCCACCGCCAACUUACAGAUGGUAUCGAGAGGUUGGAAAUGUACUGCAAGAGAUACACAGCGUAUCAAUUCUGCUGCGAGUGCAAGAAUCGAUACUUCAUUUUCCUCGAGUACAAUUAAGCGACAGUUCGAAUUACGUGUGCAUAGCUAGCAAUUCUUUAGGGGAAGACAGGAAGAAGUUGAAAUUGAAAAUUACUUCAGAAGUUAUCGUGUUCGUUCGUCCUCAAAAACAAGUUGUUGAUUCAGGAUCAUCUGCAACGUUCAACUGUUCCAUCCACGGAGGUCGUGGACAAUUAAUCAUAUCGUGGUUAAAAAACGGCCACACUUUGCCUCUAAGUUCAAAAAUCGACGUAAGAAAUAACGGCGAAUUACUCACCAUACAUUCGGUCAGUCGAGAAGAUAAAGGAAUGUACCAGUGUUUUGUACGUAAUAAAGACGAAAGCGCGCAAAAUAGCGGCGAAUUAAUCCUCGGUGCUGUCGCACCCGAACUCAAGUAUAUGUUUUCCGAACAAACCCUGCAGCCUGGAAGGCCAGUAUCGUUGAAGUGUAUCGCCAGUGGGAAUCCACACGCUAGGAUUUUAUGGUACUUGGAUGGCGGUCUGUUGUUUCCUCAAGGGGAUUAUAUACUUGGCAGUUAUGUCGAUGAUAAUGAAAACGUGGUGAGUCAUUUGAACAUCUCAAAUGUUCGAGUACAACACGGUGGCUUAUACACAUGCACAGCACGAAAUACCUUCGGAUCAGCACAACAUUCUGCAUUAUUAAAUAUUCACGGUUCUCCAAUAUCUCGUCAAAUGAUGAACCUCACCGUUGUAUCUGGCAGCAACGUUUACCUGCGAUGUCCAGCCUCCGGUUACCCAAUCGUCAGCACUACGUGGCAAUACGCCGGUAAGCAGCUGACUUCUGAAUCACGCCAUCGUGUAUUCGGCAACGGUACAUUGAUGAUUAAAGAAGUAAUGAGCCAAAAGGAUCAGGGUGAAUACACAUGCACGAUCAGAAACCGACACGAGCAAUCAGCGAUGGGAAAACUUUUCCUCACUAUAAUGGAACCUCCAGAAGUACAACCGUUUCAAUUUGACAACGAUUUGAAAGAAGGUAACCGAGCUCACGUUUCCUGCGCUAUUAAAUCCGGUGAUUUACCAAUGGAGUUCAUGUGGAAGAAAGAUGGACGUCCUUUACCUCACGACUUGGAUGUGCAACAACAGAACCUGCAAUUUGUCAGUAACCUUUAUUUCAGCAAAUUAUCAGCCAGACAUUCCGGUUAUUAUACGUGCAUUGUUAGUAAUGAAGUAGCCGUUGCUAAUUUCACCGCUCAUUUGAGGAUUAAAGUAUCUCCUGUAUGGACUAUUGAGCCGAUGGAUACGUCUGUAUUGUUCGAACAACCGGUUAUAUUGAACUGUCAAGUUUCUGGUUUUCCAACCCCCACCGUUACUUGGAAAAAGGCUAGUGAAACAAAUUCGCUGAAUGAAUUAGACCAGUCUAAUGAUAUAGUGGUAAUUAAUAACGGUUCAUUAAUUAUCAAUUCGGCGGAAAGACAUCACGAAGGAUAUUAUCAAUGCACUGCUGAUAAUGGAAUUGGCAAAUCUUUAACAAAAACCGUAUCUUUAAGGGUAAACGUUCCUGCUCAUUUUCGCGUGAAAUUCAUUAAUCAAAGCGGAAUUGCUGGAGAUAAAAUGGUGCUCACCUGUGAAGCCGAAGGAGAUCAGCCUCUAAGAGUGACCUGGAAUACUCCUCCUCCAGCUCCCAUUCAUACGAGGCAUACGCCUACAGGACUCGCUUCUGAGUUGCAUUUGAAUUAUUUGUCGAGGAGUUAUGCUGGAAUUUACCAUUGUACAGCUACCAAUUCGUUCGGAUAUGAUCAUAUGUCCAUUCAUCUUACUGUUAAAGAGUUACCAGAAACACCUCAAAACGUCGAAGUUACCGAUAUCGAAAGUAGAUCUCUAAAAUUAAAAUGGGAAGAAGUACCAGGUCCACUUACCUCAUACCUGGUGCAAUACCACGAAGAGAAUUCCGACUCGUGGAAAAACAUGACAGUUACCAGUAGCUCUCUAAGUGCACGUUUGAUCUCCCUAACUCCAUCCACCAAGUACGCAAUUAAAGUGAUGGCCAUCAACGAAUUAGGUUCAAGUGAUCCGAGCAAAACCAUCACAGUAUACACAUUAGAAGAAGCUCCAUCCGGGCCACCACUUAACGUUGAAGUUAAUGUUAAUGAGAAUUCUCUCAUCGUGCAAUGGCAGCCUCCUUUGGACGAAGAUACCAACGGUGCUGUGUUAGGAUACGAAGUCGAGUAUCGUGAAAUUGGCUCUCCCUCCACUACUCAUAGGAAAACUGUCAAGGCACAUAAAAAUUCCGUCGAAUUGGCCGGCUUGAAAUAUUAUACGACUUACGAGAUAACCGUUAAAGCUUUCAACAGAGUUGGCGUAGGACCGGCAACUUUACCUAUUCAGCAAAUUACCACCGAGUCUGUUCCAACUGGAGCUCCUCAGAAACUAAAAUGCUCUGCGAUGUCGUCAGAAAGUUUGAGAAUCCAAUGGGAAAUACCACCACCAGAUUAUCACAAUGGCAAUUUACAAGGAUAUAAAAUAUUUUACAAACCAGCAAAUCCUGAAAUAGGAAUGAAAACACUGAACAGUGUGAAAAAGACCAUCAGUUUGGACACAUCGUUGUAUAAUUUAGAAAAAUACACCAAUUACAGUGUUCGUGUAUUAGCAUAUACUCGAGCUGGAGACGGAGUAAAAUCCCCUCCUGUGUAUUGCCACACUGCAGAAGAUCUCCCUGAAGCUCCGGCAACUAUAAAAGCUUUGGUGAUGACUUCAGACAGCAUUUUGAUUACUUGGAGUUCACCUGUUAGAACUAACGGUGUCAUUUUAAAAUACCACGUUUACAUCGAGCAUCCGAAUAAAAAAGUUCAUAAAGAAGUCGUCUAUGGUGAAACGAAUGUCAGAUACAUUUACAGAAAUUUGAAAGAAGACCAGUAUUAUAUAUUUUGGGUUGUGGCUAGUACCAGUGUAGGAGAAGGGCCUCCUAGUUCAAAAGAAUCUCAAACUCCAUUAUCUAGAGUUCCAGCCAGAAUAGCCUCAUUUUCUGGUAAAGUCAUGAGUAAAAUUGGAACAAGAGUUUCGCUCGAUUGCUUCGCUGUUGGACUUCCUUCACCUACACGAAUUUGGAGAGGACCUUCUAGUUCUUCUUUGAUGCCUGCUUACAAAAAAAAUUCCGAUGCUGUUCUGUGGUUGGGACCAAUAUCCGAAAACGAGGCAGGAAAUUACACCUGUCAAGCUGAAAAUGUAUUUGGUAAAGAUGAAGUUACCUUUCAGCUAACUGUGUUACUUCCACCUUUGGCUCCAGUAUUAUACUUAUCGUCGCAAUCCAGUUCAUCGAUAGCAGUCUCGUGGAAACCUACAGGAAAUGGAGGAAGUCCUAUCACUGGUUAUUUGCUGAGUUACCAAGCGAACGAUAGACAAAACUGGGAAAAUAUUGAUUUGGAAUCAGAAGUGGAAAGUUUUGAAAUAAAACAAUUGCAAUGUGGCACAGAGUAUCAAAUCUACGUACAAGCUAUGAGCUCUGUGGGAUACAGUAGUCCUAGUCAGACUUUAAACAUCAAGACUAAAGGAACAGUUCCAGAGAUGGCUCCACAGCACGAAAUCAUGUCCGCAAAUUCCACCAGUGUUUCUUUAUAUCUGGAUAACUGGUCUUCUGCUGAAUGCCCUGUUCAAUAUUUCAAAGUAGCCUAUCGUAACUCUAGCAAAUGGAUUUUUAUCGAACCCAGUCGCAUAGCUCCUGAGACGGUAGUUAUUGGAGGACUAAAACCAGCUGCUAAAUACACUCUGAGAAUCACUGCUGUGAAUGAAGCAGGGGCUUCGAAAUUCGAUUACGUUUUUGCUACUCGUACCGAAUCUGGAGAUCUGAUUCCGAUUGAGAUGAUGAAAGAACCAGAAGUAUCCAUGUUGAGUCAGUUAAACACCAUCAUUCCUAUUGUUUCAGCUGUUCUAUGCGUGGUUGCAAUAUCCGCAUGCGUUUUUAUUCUAUUCCAGAAAAGAAAAUUAUACGGUGGCUAUAAAUCUGGUCAGCAAACUCUAGAAACAAGCCACAUAGACUACGAUCACGAACGAACAACGCCUCAUCAAAGACCUUACCUACCUUCACCGGUAGGAAAAGAAAACCCCAUGAAUACAAUAAAUAGAGAUGAUGUCUCAGCACUGGAAUACGACGUAUGUCCUUACGCUACGUUCAGUUUACCUUCUCAAGCUACAUCGCACCCUGUAAAGUUAAGAUCAUUCAACCAACACGACUGUUAUGAAACAGCUGCCAUUAUGGAUGGCCAUCACUCAAUACCUAAAAGGCCUAAAUUAAUACAACAAAAAUGCCCUCCUGGUGAUGAUUAUAAUUUAGAAAUAUCAUGCAUAUCUAAUCAACAAACUUUACCUGUCGGAGGUAAAUCCAGAUCCAUAUCUACACCUUUCAUGUCUGAUUCCGAUAGUAGUACGGGUAAAUUGAAUCAACGUAGAUAUCAACAAAUUCAAAAGGACGUUUGUCCAAAUCCUCAGGAUAUUGAUUCUAGCACAGAAUCAAUAGAAACUUCACCAGUUAUUAAAAGAAAAAUGAUGCCCAAAAGAAUUUAUAUGAGGUAGCAAAGAGCCAGCGAUGUCAGAGAAGUCCUCCCGCCUCCGUCGAAAUUCUCUGAUAAAUCCAAUCUAAAUUGGAUUGAAAAAUAUUCACGCAGUAUUACCAGUAUUGAAAGAAAGUAAGGGAAGAUCGUGAUGAAUUUUUUAUUUUAAAAUUUUUUCAAUACAACAGAAUAUGUAUGACAUGUUACACUUAUAAGUACAUUGUUUAUUUAGGAAAUAUAAACUGCAAAUGGUGUGUGAUAAACCAUUAAGUAACGAGAUUCACGUUUAACGAAACGAAAUGCAGUUAAAAAUUUACACUUUUUUUUACCCAUUAAUUUUAUUAUUUUUACUUAUUGUUUUAUCAUUACGGACUUUUACAAUAUUAUUAUUUAUUUAUUGGUGUUUUUAUUUUAUAAUGUUUCAAUAAAAUCGUGAAAAAUGAUUUUUAUUUUUUAAA